UGUUUAAAAUGAUGGGUUUAAAAUGUUAAAAAUAUAUAUAUUUGAAAUGCCACCAGUGAGGUUAGGUGUGCCUAAUGUCUAUAAAUACAUAACACACUGGGUGAGGAUCCCAGGCCAGGUUAGGCAUUAAUGAGUCUGAUGGAGGUAGACACAAAGCUCCACAUGACCAGCUUAGUCUAUUAUAACGCCAAUUUCUAGAUCAAUAACGUCUAUUGAGGACUAUCACAAUGCAUUUGAAAACCGACGUGCUUAACAAUUCAGUAACAGCCCAAAUAACACAUCCUUUCUGCAUUUUAUUCCUUAUAUUCACUCGCAACUACAACAAAAAAACCUCCCCAACACAUCCACAGAAGUCAUUUUAGCUCGAUGAUUUCUGACUUUCUCUGAAGGAGCUGAUUUAAUGCAACUAAGUUAGGUAGUCAUUUAAACGCAACCGACCUUUGAAGGUGGACUUUACGGAAGGCACAUGAACGCAUCGCCCCUCUACCUGUGACACGGUGAGCUAACGUUAGCUCGAGGCUGAAGACAUCCAGAGCAGCUCGGAGGGACAGAAACAGUCUCUGAGGACGUUUCUGUGUAUUUCAGAGACACUCCGCCUCAAGUGGACAGUGAACGCAGCGUUAACAGGCUAACUUGUGUUAGCAGUCACGUUAGUCCCAUGUCAGUGAAACCGUCCGCAGCACAGCAACAUGUGGAGACACCGAGCCUGUCUGCAGAGCCGCAGAGAGACAGACAGCAGAGAGACAGACAGCAGAGAGACAGACAGCUGUCCGAGAGACUCACCACGUUCCUGUCCCAGUACAGCCGCCUCUCAGACUCCUUUAUUAUUGAGUUCUUCACUGAAGACCUCUGGCACACAUUACCCAGCAGCUGGCAGCCUGUGCUGCAGGACCUGUCAUAUCCACAGAUUGCAGACCUUUUACUGGAUGCUAAACAGGAAGACAGGAGAUAUCCUUCGGUGUGGCCUCUGUCACUCUUGGCGUUCCGUGCCACAGCUCACGCUCUGGCGUUUCCCAGGGAGUGCAGGCGGGAGCGAGGCAGGGUGGCCGACUCAGCGAAGCCUGAGGAGUUCCUGGAAAACCAAAGUCAGAGCUCACUGCUGGGGCACAUAUUCAGGAAACACGUCAAGCCCAAGAAACAGCACGAGAUCCGCAAGCUGGGCGUGCUGGUAAAACAACUUUGUGAGCAGACUGACUGCAGCAGCGUGGUGGAUGUGGGCUCCGGACAGGGUCAUCUGACUCGUUUCCUGUCCUUCGGGCUCGGGCUGUCUGUGACCGCAAUUGAGGCUGAUCAUAACCUGGUUGCUAUGGCGUCCAAGUUUGACGGACAGUUACUGUGGGCCUUAGAGAAGGAGAGGCAGAAAAAGAACGGCUCCUCUCUGGUCCCAGUAUCACAGUCCUCCCCCCGCCAUGUGGCCGGUUGGGUAAACCCCAAGGCAUCAUGGGAAGCCUUCAUCAAGCAGCUGAGGACUCCAGAUUGCGUCAACGAUGGUCCCCCAACUCCAUCUGGACCCUACAAAAAGAGACUUCGGGGCUCUGAGCAUCGGGAUUGUUCUCAAGUGAUCCAGACUUCAUCGUCUCACUCACAGGACUUUGAUCUGACGUCUCAACGCCAGUUCAGCAAGAACGGGUCUGAAGAGGAGUCAUCUGCUGAACACUGCUGCUCGUGUGUCCGUCCUGAGGAGAACAGCCAGCGAGGCUAUCCAGACUUUAUCCUGACCGGCCUCCACGCCUGCGGCGACCUCAGCGCCACCCUCCUCCGCCACUUUGUCAACUGCCCGCAUGUACGCGGCAUCACCUCUGUGGCGUGCUGCUACAUGAAAAUCACAACCAAAGAAAAUCCCACCCCUCCAGGACUGGUAGAAUGUCCCGUCCCACCGACACCACGGCAGGAAUCACUUCCCUCGGAGUUUGGAUACCCCAUGAGCGCCUGGGUGCGGGGGUUGCCGGGACAUCAGCUGUCCUAUAAGGCGCGGGAGGGGGCGUGUCAUGCUGUCGAGGACUAUGUACGGAGGCUUCGGGAGGAAAACGAGCAGCUGAGGACGCACUGUUACCGGGCGACGCUGGAGACUUUCAUCAGGGAUACGAGGCCGGAUCUGCGCAGGGCCGGAAUCCAGACCAUAAAGAAAGCCCAUUUAUUACCAUUUACAGAGUACGCCCGUCUGGGUCUGGCUCGGGUCGGCCUGCCUCCCGGGUUGCCUCUGGACCCGGAGCGGGUGGCGGCUAUGUUGAAGCAGCAGGGCAGGGUGGUGGUGUACUUCAGCCUGGCCCUGCUGCUGGCUCCUGUGGUGGAGACGCUGGUGCUGCUGGACAGGAUGAUCUACCUGCAGGAGAACGGCGUGGACAGUCAGCUGGUUCCUCUCUUCGACCCAAACUUCUCUCCAAGAAACUUUGUGCUGGUGGCUCUGAAGGCUCGUGGAUAAAGUCUAGUUCUCUUUUAAACAACGCAAAGAACCCUAAGUCUUAUUUUGAUAUUAGCCUCUGUUUUUAGAGAUAUUAAAUGAAUCUGGCCUGCCUGCAGUGGAUUUUCAGCUUCACCGUGACAAAGAAACUCCUGUACCAACAUGGACUCUCGGUGGUGCUUCCUUUAAAAGUUGAAAUACAGCAAAUCUGUACAGUAGUUUUUAUAACCUCAUGUCUUGUUAACAUCAUUCCCCGGUUAACAUCCAUUAUGGCACAGAAGCACUCAUGUUUGUUUUUUGUUUUCAUGGCAUGGUUCAGUUUCUGCAUAUACCAACAGUUUAGUUUUCUGUGGUUUUGCAUGUUUAUUAUUUCAUUUAAAUUCUGUCAUUUUUAUAAAGCACCAAGGGGCAAUCAUGUUUUCAGCUUUACUGCAUCUGUAACUCAAAAGAAUGAAUAAAAACGAUUCUUUUUA